AUGGUCAUGUCUUUAACCUCGCAGAAUUGUAAAAUGAAGAGAAUAAUACCGGAGCGUCUUCUGCUCUCUUUACUGCCUGCUCACAUCGCCAUGGAAAUGAAAGCAGAGAUCAUUCAGAGGUUGCAGGGACCCAAAGCAGGCCAGCUGGAAAACACAAACAACUUUCACAAUCUCUAUGUCAAGAGGCACACCAAUGUGAGCAUUUUAUAUGCGGACAUUGUUGGAUUCACCCGUCUGGCUAGUGACUGCUCUCCAGGAGAACUGGUACACAUGCUGAAUGAACUCUUCGGAAAGUUUGAUCAAAUUGCCAAGGAAAAUGAAUGUAUGAGAAUCAAAAUUUUGGGAGACUGCUACUACUGUGUGUCUGGCCUCCCUAUAUCUCUUCCAAACCAUGCCAAGAAUUGUGUUAAAAUGGGACUAGACAUGUGUGAAGCAAUAAAGAAAGUAAGAGAUGCAACUGGAGUUGAUAUCAACAUGCGUGUGGGAGUACACUCUGGAAAUGUCCUCUGUGGUGUGAUUGGUUUGCAGAAGUGGCAAUAUGAUGUCUGGUCUCAUGAUGUUACACUAGCAAAUCACAUGGAAGCUGGAGGUGUUCCAGGGCGUGUUCACAUUACUUCAGUCACCUUAGAGCACUUGAAUGGAGCUUACAAAGUCGAAGAAGGGGAUGGAGAUAUCAGGGACCCAUAUCUGAAGGAACAUUAUGUCAAAACCUAUUUUGUGAUCAAUCCCAAGGGAGAAAGACGAAGUCCUCAGCACCUCUUUAGACCCAGGCAUACGUUAGAUGGAGCCAAGAUGAGAGCAUCUGUCCGCAUGACCCGGUAUUUGGAGUCCUGGGGAGCAGCCAAGCCCUUUGCACACUUACAUCACAGGGACAGCAUGACAACAGAAAAUGGCAAGAUCAGUACCACAGAUGUGCCAAUGGGUCAGCAUCACUUUCAACACCGCACAUUAAGAACCAAAUCACAGAAGAAAAGAUUUGAAGAAGAAUUGAAUGAAAGGAUGAUUCAAGCAAUCGAUGGAAUCAAUGCUCAGAAGCAGUGGCUCAAAUCUGAAGAUAUUCAAAGAAUUUCUCUGCUUUUCUAUAACAAAACACUAGAGAAAGAAUACAGAGCAACCACAUUACCUGCAUUCAAGUAUUAUGUGACUUGUGCUUGUCUCAUCUUCUUUGGCAUCUUUAUUGUGCAGAUACUAGUAUUACCAAAAACAUCUAUUCUUGGGAUUUCCUUUGGAGCUGCAUUUCUCUUGCUUUCCUUCAUCCUUUUCAUCUGUUUUGCCGGACACCUGCUGCAAUGCAGCAAAAAAGCCUCUGCUUCAUUAUUGUGGAUUUUGAAAUCAUCUGGAAUAAUUGCAAAUCGUCCCUGGCCACGGAUCACUCUCACAGUCACCACCACUACCAUUAUAUUAACCAUGGCCAUCUUCAACAUGUUUUUCCUGAAUGAGGCAGAGAUAAUGCUCCCCUCAGAUUUCAACACAUCAAAUUCAAGUUUCCCUGAUGCAACUGACCACAACUCUCAGAAUACACGAAAGUAUUUUUUCCUGCCGUACUUCAUUUACAGCUGCAUUCUGGGCUUGAUAUCCUGUUCUGUUUUCCUACGGAUAAACUAUGAAUUAAAAAUGAUGAUCAUGCUGAUUGCCCUUGUGGGUUACAACAUCAUCCUCUUACAGACUCAUAGCCCUAUACUUGAUGACUACAGUAACUUUCUUGUUAAAAGACCAGGCAUUUGGAAAGACCUAAAGACCAUGGGUUCUGUGUCUCUCUUUAUAUUCUUCGUCACGUUACUGGUUCUGGGGAGACAGAAUGAAUAUUACUGUAGGUUAGACUUCCUAUGGAAGAACAAGUUCAAUAGAGAGCGUGAGGAAAUUGAAACCAUGGAGAACCUGAAUCGUGUCCUGCUGGAAAACGUGCUCCCUGCCCAUGUGGCCGAACACUUCUUGGCCAGGAACUUGAAGAAUGAGGACUUGUAUCAUCAAUCCUAUGACUGUGUCUGUGUCAUGUUUGCCUCUAUUCCGGAUUUCAAAGAAUUUUAUACAGAAUCAGAUGUCAACAAAGAAGGCUUGGAGUGUCUGAGACUCCUGAAUGAAAUCAUUGCUGACUUUGAUGAUUUGCUGUCCAAACCAAAAUUUAGUGGAGUCGAAAAGAUCAAGACCAUUGGAAGUACUUACAUGGCAGCCACAGGACUGAGUGCCACACCCAGCCAAGAACACACACAGGAGCCUGAACGCCAGUACAUGCACAUAGGCACCAUGGUGGAAUUCGCUUUUGCCCUGGCAGCUAAAUUGGAUGUAAUCAACAAACAUUCCUUCAAUGACUUCAAGUUGAGAGUGGGUAUUAACCACGGCCCUGUAAUAGCUGGUGUAAUUGGAGCUCAGAAACCUCAGUAUGACAUCUGGGGCAACACAGUAAACGUAGCCAGCAGGAUGGACAGCACUGGAGUUUUAGAUAAAAUACAGGUCACUGAGGAGACAAACAUCAUCUUACAGACACUAGGAUACAUGUGCACUUGCAGAGGAAUAAUCAAUGUGAAAGGAAAAGGUGAACUGAAGACAUAUUUUGUACAUACAGAAAUGGCAAGGUCCCUUUCCCAGGCAAACGUGGCAUCCUGAAGAAUAUGCCUGGAUUUGGCAAAAUAUAUCCUCUUUUCAGGAAAGUGCCCCACACUUUCUGAAGGCAUUUAUGUUCCCCUGAUUUAAAUGCGUGUGCUAUUUUCUGCUAUCUGGAACUUGUGCAGAAGAGUCUGCAUGCCCCAGUGGGUCACGCAUCUCUUUUCUGACAUGCUGGGACACUUGCAGUGAACACCAAGGGAUUAGACGACUGUACUGCCAUUUGCACUGUGUUUACUCUCAAGAGGAGAAAAGACUGAAACAAAAUGAGGAGAAACAAGAAGAAAAGAAUGAAAGGACUUACAAUAUUAAAAGGAAAACAAAACAAUUCUUAAGGCAAUAAAACUAGGGGGUGUAUAAUAUUUUCUGGUGCAUGUCAUUUUCUGGAAAAUACAGUAGCUCCCCAACCGCAUCCACUAGUCUGAUAUUAAAAUACACAGUAUUUGUAAAUAGGUUGAUUCUGUCCCUCCAUAUUAGUUUGAAUGUCUUCACCUGUGUGUCUCAUAACCAGUGGGAGCCUGCAGGCACUCUGUGAUGUGGUGUUGCCAGUGAUGGUUUUCUAGCACCAUCUUGGAUCUCAUAGCCAAUGGUCCAUUGCCAUCGAUUUCCAGAGAGAGUCCUCACCACACAGGAACAGUUUUGUACAAAAUACAUCAUGUUUUGAAGCCAUUGUCUUUUGUAAGGUUAAUUCAUUAAAAAUUUAUAUGUACUUUGUCUUGUGACUUGUGUCUUUCUCCACCCACCUCUUUUUUUCUCUCUUCUCUGAUAUAACCUAAGGGAUACAGUUCUUACCAGCUGUUCUCCUUCUGACACAUUGGCAACACAUUUCAGAAGGAAGUCCCUAAGCAUCAGGAGGAUGUGAUUUUCUUGAUCAAUUCUAGAAUCAGCCCUGUUUGGCCUCUCCACCACUUUCAGGUAUGAAUGACCUAAGAAGGAUGAAGGUCAAUGGAGGAAAAGCACAAGAAAGGCACCUUGGACACCUGCUACAGGAUGCUGUGACCUGAUAU